AUGGCGCAUACGUCAAAGAUUUUCCCUGUUGUCUUUCGAAGAUGCUUUAUCCUAGUUCCACGAGGUUUACAGACAAGCACAGCUGUUCGGAGAAUUCAUCUGGGCAGGGAAAAAGCGUCUGCUGCUACAGCUGCAGCAGUAAAGCCAAAGGCAACUCACUUGGAGGAGGAAAGAAAGGACAUGCCGGAUAAGAACAUGAAGCCCCUGUAUCUUGAUGCGCAGGCAACAACACAGAUGGAUCCACGAGUUCUGGAUGCCAUGCUGCCUUAUUUUGUGAUGCAGUAUGGAAACCCCCACUCCAGGACACAUGCCUAUGGCUGGGAGAGUGAGGCUGCAGUGGAGCAUGCCAGAAAGCAAGUAGCCGAGAUAAUUGGUGCUGAUCCAAGGGAGAUAAUUUUUACAAGUGGCGCCACAGAGUCCAACAAUAUAGCAGUCAAGGGCUGUGCUCGAUUUUACAAGGCCAAGAAGAAACAUGUUAUCACCACACAAACAGAGCAUAAGUGUGUUCUGGACUCUGGCAGAGCUUUGGAAGCAGAGGGAUUUAGAGUGACUUAUCUACCAGUCCAGACAAAUGGUCUGGUAGAUCUGAAGGUCCUGGAGGAAUCUAUGACAGAUGAUACAGUUCUUGUAUCUGUGAUGGCAGUAAACAAUGAGAUCGGAGUUGAGCAGCCCAUUGCAGAGAUAGGGGAAUUGUGCCGAUCCAGAAAGAUCUUCUUCCACACUGAUGCCGCUCAAGCUGUGGGUAAGAUACCGUUGGAUGUCAACAGCAUGAAAAUCGACAUGAUGUCCAUCAGCGGUCACAAAUUGUAUGGACCAAAAGGUGUUGGCGCUCUAUAUGUUAGGAGACGACCCCGGGUCCGCAUUGAUGCCCCUCAGAGUGGUGGAGGCCAGGAGAGAGGGAUGAGAAGUGGCACAGUCCCGACCCCCUUAGUUGUGGGGCUAGGGGCAGCAUGUGAGGUGGCAUCAAAGGAGAUGGAGUAUGACCAUGCCCGCAUUGCGUACCUUUCCAAUCGUCUGAUCAACAAGAUUCAGUCAGCUUUACCCAUGGUGAUCAGGAAUGGAGACACCGAUAAUUCCUAUCCUGGGUGUGUCAAUUUGUCCUUUGCAUUUGUGGAGGGGGAAAGUUUGCUGAUGGCUCUCAAGGACAUAGCAUUGUCUUCUGGAAGUGCUUGUACUUCUGCGUCCCUGGAGCCAUCCUACGUAUUGAGAGCGGUCGGGGCGGACGAAGAUUUGGCUCAUUCAUCCAUUAGGUUUGGUAUUGGGCGAUUUACAACAGAGGCUGAGGUCGACUACACAGCAGAAAAAUGUAUAGAGCACGUUUCGAGGCUGCGGGAAAUGAGUCCAUUAUGGGAGAUGGCCCAGGAAGGAAUUGAUAUCAAAACAAUCCAGUGGUCCCAGCACUGACCUUGAGGGUCAGGGUUCAAACUCCACCACACUGUGAUGGCUGCCGUAGCUCACCAAGAAUCUGUGCCCUCGGUUGCGUUUGUGUCGUCAUCAUCAUAAUUUUUUGCAACAGACUACAACUGAAGCUCAUAACAACUGAGUCGAUGUGAACAUAAGGAGAUAAUUAUCGUGUGUUCCUGCUAAAUCAUUUAUUGUUUACCUGUGAAAGCUUAAUAUAGCAUGUGGGGUUUUAUCAAUACAACUAUUAAGUAUGCUGAUGUUAAGAGGAACUUUUAUGUAAUGGCUAAAUUAUUAAUACCUACAAUUUGCAUCUAUCGUAAUUAUUGCAUUAAAGUUGUGUGCAUUUCUUGUCA